AUAAAAACAUUUCAAAAACACAAUACGUGAAGUGUCACUCGGCCUAUAUGUUUUGUCCGUGUCUAACUUCGCAGUUUUGUUUUCCAAUAACCGCAGGACGUCUUCGCUUCCCACUUGCCUGGACUGUAGAAGCCGCGAAUCUGUGCAGCCGUUGCAAAUGAAAACCGCUUGAUAGCGAACCCGUCGCCUGACCCAACGCCCGCGAGGCGCGUCGAAUAUUUCGACAUCUUACUCAAUCGCAAAGCCUUCGCCGCCGGAGUAAUUAUUCGCCAUCACGAUCCACUUUUGUGCCGAAUGUAAACCGCAAUACAUUUUAUUCAUUUUAUUUUCUCACUGUCCACCUGAUCCCUUGCACAUUAGCGCGUAUCGUGCGUUCAAUUAUUCACAAAGUUAGCGGAUCGAUUGGUCAGUUCGGUUUAGUAACAUAAAUCUUCUGUUCUUGCAUUCGUGCCUGUUCCUCCCGUAAAGGAGACCGAGCAAGGAGGCCUAAUGGGCAGUAGCUUGUCUAUAAUUGAAAUGGACGAUGAUAGUGAUGGAGUUCUUAUGGAAUUACUCGAGAAUGAAGACUACGAUUACCAGGAGCACCUCGUGAACGUUCUGCAGCGGAUGGUCAGCAGAGGCACCCUGGCUCGGUACUGCAGCAUGAAGAUGCCCGUGAUUCGGAAGCGCCCGGAUCUAUCAGUGUUCCGGAACACCGACCUGUACAAAGAAAUCAAGUACUUAUCAGGACAUGCACCAGAUAGUGAGCCGCCCAGCGAUCAGUGGUCGCUGCAGAAGAUCCUGCAAGAUCGCGAGAAUGGAAUCGGGCGGAAGCCUGCGGGGACGUUGAGCGAAAACCAGUACCGCAAAAUCGCAAACCAAUACAUACCCAAUAAAAAGAGUCAGCGACUGAUGUCGCUCGAAUCGAAAGUGUUCUGCGGGACGUUCAACAAGUCGGGCAGUCGCCUCAUCACCGCCAGUCAAGACCAUGUCAUUCGAGUGUUCGACUCAUCGAAAGGAACCUACCACCGAGUGAAUCGGAUUCAAGCAGUCAACGUUAGUUGGUGCAUACUCGACGUAGAUAUCAGUCCAGACGAAGAAUAUUUUGUAUACUCAACGUGGUCGGAAUAUCUGCACGUUUGCCGUGUUGAUGAGCGCACCGAUAACAUCCAGUGGCUCCAGUUGAAUCCAGAACACUCGCGAUCAUGUGUGUUUUCGGUGCGAUUCUCGCCGUGUGGAAAUUAUAUUCUUGGCGGAGCCAAUGAUGCCUGUAUGUAUAUUUACGAUAGAACUACUAAUGCCAGAACGACGAAGAUAAAAGUGACGAACACAGAUGAAUUUGUCGAUAUCAACGCUGUGUGUUAUGUGGAUAAUAAUUUAUUCGUAAGUGGAUGCGAUGAUGGCAUUAUCAAACUGUGGGAUUCACGUUGCCUGGCUGAUGGGGCCGAGCCCGCUCAGAUAUUCGUAGGACAUUUCGAUGGAAUCACGUAUAUUGAUUCACGAAAUGAUGGCAAUUAUAUUCUAUCGAACUCGAAGGAUCAAAGUAUAAAAAUCUGGGAUCUACGACGAGCCUCGCCAAUGGACAAGGAACAAUCGGUUCGCAAUGAAUUCAUAUACAAUUGGGACUAUCGAUGGGACAACGUGCCCCGAGAUUUUUAUAAUCCACAAAAGACAAUGGACGGCGAUUCAAGCGUUAUGACUUUCAGAGGGCAUAGAGUGACGAAGAGUUUGAUAAGAGCAAAGUUUUCGCCAAUGGAACAAACUGGACAACGAUAUAUUUACACUGGCUGUGGGUCGGGUCGAGUCAUAAUAUAUGAUGUUCUCACGGGUCACAUUAAGGAGGCUAUUGAGGGCCAUAAGGAUAUUGUUCGGGACGCAGCUUGGCAUCCCGUUCGGUCGGAGAUUAUUUCUAGCUCGUGGGACACGCAUGUCAAUCUGAGUACCUACAACAGAACCAUAAGUCAAAAACGACGAAAUUCCCUCGAUCGCCAAGAUGAAGAGCAGCAACCUCUUCGACGAUCGCGUCGAAUUGCGAUGCAACGCAAUAACGUAGUGGAUUGAUGAGAAGGGUAGCGACCAUCGUCACCCUCUAUGUUAUAUGCAAGCUAAUGCAUAUUGAAUUAAAUUUUAUUUAAUUGUGAAGAAAUGUAAAUAUUAAUUUAAAUACUUGAAUUUCUUUCAACUUUACUCUGCUAUGUUUUCUCUUAUAUAUUUUAUAUGUUGUAACAAGCAUUAAACGGAUUCAUACGAUAA